ACACUGCUCCCCGGGUCGGAGCCUCCCGGAGCUGCGCGCGGACUUGCAGCACGAAGCCGAGUGGAGAGCUCCUCGCCCGCGCAGUGCUACCCGCGCCUGGCCUCUCGGCGCUUCCGCCGCCCCGCCGCCCACUUUCCAGGCCCCCGAGCCGCGCCAAGCGAGCAAGCGAGCGGGCCCGGGACGAGCUCCGGCCCCGGCCGCCUCGCGCUUCCCCGGCUCGGCUCCUUCCGCCCCCUGGGGUCGCGCGCCCACCAUGCCGCAGGGCCCCGGCUCGCUGCUGUUGCUGGUCCUCGCCUCGCACUGCUGCUUGGGCUCGGCGCGCGGGCUGUUCUUCGGCCAGCCCGACUUCUCCUACAAGCGCAGCAAUUGCAAGCCCAUCCCGGCCAACCUGCAGCUGUGCCACGGCAUAGAGUACCAGAACAUGCGGCUGCCCAACCUGCUGGGCCACGAGACCAUGAAGGAGGUGCUGGAACAGGCGGGCGCCUGGAUCCCGCUGGUUAUGAAGCAGUGCCACCCGGACACCAAGAAGUUCCUGUGCUCGCUCUUCGCCCCAGUGUGUCUCGAUGACCUGGACGAAAUCAUCCAACCGUGCCACUCCCUCUGUGUACAGGUAAAGGACCGCUGCGCUCCGGUCAUGUCUGCCUUCGGCUUCCCCUGGCCCGACAUGCUCGAGUGUGACCGUUUCCCCCAGGACAACGACCUCUGCAUCCCCCUCGCAAGCAGCGACCACCUCCUGCCGGCCACCGAGGAAGCUCCAAAGGUCUGUGAAGCCUGCAAAAAUAAAAACGAGGAUGACAACGACAUAAUGGAAACUCUUUGCAAAAAUGAUUUUGCACUGAAAAUAAAGGUGAAGGAGAUAACCUACAUCAACAGAGAUACGAAAAUCAUCCUGGAGACCAAGAGCAAGACCAUUUACAAGCUCAACGGGGUGUCCGAAAGGGACCUGAAGAAGUCGGUGUUGUGGCUCAAAGACAGCUUGCAGUGCACCUGCGAGGAGAUGAAUGACAUCAACGCGCCCUACCUGGUCAUGGGACAGAAACUGGGCGGGGAGCUGGUGAUCACCUCGGUGAAGCGGUGGCAGAAGGGGCAGAGAGAGUUCAAGCGCAUCUCCCGCAGCAUCCGCAAGCUGCAGUGCUAGUUCAGGCGCCGGCUCGCGCCCGACAGGCCAGCCCCAGGGCUCGGCUCACCACGUCCGCCCGAGGCCUCAGCUCUGUCCCAAGCACAGUCCCUGCAGCUCUGGCCUCAGCCUGGAGCAGCGUCCCCUGCCUUUUGCACAUUUGCACCCCCAACAUUUCCUGAGCUAUAAGGCCCUAGGAGGCCCCAGGAAUGGAUACCUGUUUUCACAUAAAGGAAAAAAAAAAAAGUCUUGUAGAAAUAUUCAAAGUAAUAAAACCAUGCAUAUUUUUUACGAAGUUU